ACUCGGGAGAACAGGAGAUGGGAGGAUCCGGCAAGUAAGCAACCCUUAAAGAUAGAACCUGACGGCUUGACUGGAAACAACUUCCGCAGCAUCCCCUUAUCCGAAGGAAAAAAAGGUUACUUUAAAACUCUGAUAUGGACACCGGCCGAGAUAAAACAUCCAUCAAAGGGUCGCAGACCAAUGUAGCAGAGUCAACCCAACCUUUAUUGGAGACUCUGAGUUCAGGUGGUGAUGGGACCAAAGGUACACCCGAGAAGGAGAGAAUCGAAAUUGAAUCUACUAUAAGUAUACAGAGAGGAUCAAGCAACAAGGAUAUCAAUGAUCAGGAGCCCACUGAAGAGGGUAGACGACGAUUGCGACCACUUACAUGCAUUGACAGCUUUACCAUGAGCAUGAACCUCUUGGAUCGAGAUUCUACUCAUAUAAAUGACUACAUCAAUGUGGUGUUCGAAGAAAUAUUGGCUGAACCUCGUGCAAACCAAAGCUUCGACCAAGUAUGGAGGUUUGCUUAUGUUCUGUUUGCUGGGACCAAAUUCUGGGUGUACCGAGUACUAGCAGCAGUAUUUGCUUUACCAUGCGGAUUACUUUGGGGAUUAAUUUUCUCUUUUACGUGUAUUGCCAGCGUAUGGAUCAUAUCUCCUGCCAUGAAACUUGUUGACGUCCUCCUUCAUGUCGUUAGAAGGGUUUGGGGAGGCACUGUUCGAGCUGUUUUGGAUCCUGUGUUCCAAUCUGCAAGCAUCUUGAUAACUGCAAAAAGAGAAACUGUGCAGCCAAACUCUCAAGAAACAGUUUAAUUUAAAAGUUUUAAAUGAUUUUUAAGUUUUAUCCGCUAUGUUGAGUCGAUAUACACACUAAAAUUGAAUGUGCAAUGUGAUUUUAUUUUCGUUACGUAGCAAGUGAAAUAAGCCACAUGAAUCUUUUCUUUUUUUAAAUACAUUUAUGUAACUCGCUAUUACUAAGCUUAGUUGAACGGCGGUUUCUAUUUCACAAAGUAUCGUAAAUGUUUCAGAGAUGUUUUUUGUGACUUUAAAGAUCGUUGCACCAAAGAAUUUGUUUUAAAAGCAUGUACAGCUUUUCAAUUGAUAUUUAUAUAAAAAUCUUUACUGCCAUUUUGAAAAUUAUUUUGAAGUUGGCGUAUUGUGACAUUUUCACUGCGCAACUUUUUAUAAAAGCAGUUGUAAAAAUAUCUAUUCUAAUUUAUUGUAUUGUAAAAAUGUCAACAUUGUGUGCUCAUUUGCAAAAUGUAAUAGUUAUUUGAUUUUGUAUGGAAAAGAUUUCAAUAAGAGGGAAUACGUUUAGCUGAAUAGUAAGAAAGAAUGCAUUAAAGAAGUAUUCAUUAAAAAGGAAUAUUGUUGUGAAAAAAUCAUAUCUUAAUAUAUAUUUAAAAGAAUAUAAAAAAAAUUUCUUUAAAUUUUAUCAUCAUUGAAAGUUUUGCGAAGCGCACAAUUAAAUUAAUUAUCAAAAUGAGUCGUAAGACUAUAAAAUUUUGUAUCCAAAAAUUGCAUUUAAAAUUCUGAAUGUUAUUAUCAUUAAAACUUUCUACCGUCCUAAGUGUUUGUUUUUGUUUUAAUUCAUAGAACCGACAUUAAUUGUAGCUAGCAUAAUUACAAUAUGCGAGAAAUCAUACUUUAAGAGGAUAAAAAAAUGUGCGACAAAAUGGUACGUUUUAAACGAUGAAAGUUCUCGUAUAUUUUCGGAAACUUCUUUUAUAUAAACUAAUAAAUGUUUGCAUUUCUCAUUUUAUAUUUUUUUGAACAAUAGCAAGAAUGAGAUUUAUUCUUUUGCUCAUUAUCAGAAAAAAAAUCAUCAUAAAUUUUUUGUUGGCAGUAUUAUAUCGUUUCCUGACGUAUUAAAAUGAUUAAAUAAAACUAGAAGUAUUACUUUUUAUAAUUAAAAUAUAUUUUAAUGUCUUUUUAAUGGAAUAACGUAUUAUCUUAUAUUUUGUU